AUGAGGGUUCUCUGCCUCCACGGCCGCGGGACCAGCGCGGCCAUCUUCAAGUCCCAGACCGCAACCUUCCGCGCCCACCUCCCCAAGUCCUACACCUUCGACUUCGUCGACGGCCCCUUCCCCUGCGCCCCCUACCCGGGCAUCGACACCAUCUUUCGGCCCGCCCGCGGCCACUACUUCCGUGCCUGGUGGACCGAGCCCACCCCGGAAGCCAUCCGAGCAGCCCACCGCUGGCUAGACAACUACAUCGCGCGGCACGGGCCCUACGACAGCGUCAUGUGUUUCUCACAAGGGUGUUCGUUAGUAGCGUCGUACCUCCUAUACCACGCCGACGAGAGGGGACCUGAUGUACCGCCGCCGUUUGGCUCGGCGGUGUUUAUUUGUGGGGGGUUGCCGUUUGAGGUGUUGGAGGAUUUGGGCGUGGAGGUGUCGGCAAGGGCGCAUGAGAUUAGUGCGCAGACGUCGAGGUUGUUGAGGCGGCGCGCGGGGUUGUUGACGGAGUUUGCGGCGGGGGUUGGGACCAGUCUGUGGGAUGACAAGUCCGGGCUGGUGCACGAUGCAGACCGGCGGGUGCUGCCGGACCCGUCAGACUGCUUCGGGCUUGAUUUUGGGCAGGUCCCAGCACAUUUGCGCAUUACGAUUCCAACGGUGCAUGUCUAUGGGGCGCGGGACCCCCGGUGUCCUGCGAGUAUUCAGCUGUCGUAUUUUUGUCGGGAGGCUGGCCACACGAGGAUGUAUGACCAUGGUGGCGGACAUGAUAUUCCGCGGUCGACGGUGGUGUCGAAACGGUUGGCUGAGUUGGUUAGUAGAAACCCGAUCAAGCAAACAGUCCAGCGCAAUCGCUUCUCACAGAGUUAG